AUGGCUACAUUAGACACCUUGAAUACAUCAUCGGAAUUUAAUCUGACACCUUCACGCAAGCGUAAAAGGCAAUUUGAUAAAUUUCAACAACAGGAUCAACAAAAUGCCACAACAACGACAGCUGCAACUACUUCCUGUUUUACAAAUGCAGCAUUUAGUUCAACACCUAAGAAAAUUUUGGGUAAACGGCGUCUCCAAUUGAAAACAAACAAAGAAAAUGCUCUAAUAUUUCCAAGUGUUGGUUUGGAAGUAAAAUCUAUUGCAGAUUUAGCAAAACAACAUGAGGAAACUAACAAUAUACCACAAAAUCCUUACGAGGUGCUGCGUAAGCCGCCAAAAAAGAAAAAGCGUCAUACUGAAGAAACGGCCUGUUUCGAAAAUCCUGCCUUGAAUUUGGAAUUGCCUGAAAAACAGUUCAAUCCGUACGAGGUUGUACGUGAGAUCACUCCAAAUAAAACAUCCAAUUGCUUUUCCAAUCCAGCCUUGAAUCUAAAAAUUCAAGAUGAGUCUGCAAUACGCAAUCCUUUUGAGGUCCAUCGAGAGUUACCCAGCCAAGAUGCAAAAACUGAACUGAAUCCCGUUUUAUUAAACCCAUUUGAAAUACCUACAGAAGUGGUUACUCAACAAGGCUUAUCAACUCCUAAGCCUUGUAAAUUAAAACUUGGCUUGCCUUUUGUACCCACAGUGGGCUGUCGCAUAGAUUUCAAGGAUAUGUCCAUGUCUCAACUAACACCUAGCAAAAUGUUGGCUGAGAAAUUGGUGUUUUCACCAGUACCAAAAGCCAAAGUGUCAUUAGGCUCCAUUGGGGAAGAGACCACUAUGGAUAUAGGCAAGGAAUUAGAUCGCUAUCAAUUGGAAUUGGAAAACAGUAUCAACGAAGCAAAAUUACGUAAAAAUGGUGCAGGUGAAGAUGACAUUUUGCUUUCACCGCCAGAUACAAAUUAUCAAAUUCAAAUAGUUGAUACCGAAAAAAAAUCGAAAUUCACACAAAAACUUUGUGGUAUAACUGAAGAUGGUGAAAACGAGGAAAUAAUUGAAGAAACCACCACCAAAACAGAGCACCACAUUGAAGUACUUGUGCAAAAAGAACAAACUAUACAGAAUGUAAAGGAAAUAUUAGCAGACACUAAUCCAUUUCGCUAUGAUUUAAAUACACAAUAUCAAAGGACUGAAACAGCUGAAGUAAUUGAAAUAGAAAAUCUUGAUGAACUAUAUGGUUGUUCCGCAGAUGAACAAGACUAUGAAGAGGAUUCUUUUGAUUUUAAAACUCCAGCGCCAUUUAUAAGAGCUUAUACCAAGCCGGAAGAGCCCCCGACUAAACUAACGGUAAGUAGAGAAUCUUUGGAAUCUAAUAAAUCAGAUAAAUCCAACAAAGCCGAGGAAAAUUCAAAAAAAUCAAUGAAUGUUAAGAAUAUCAUACGUAAAUCUAUACGUAAACUUAUGCAUCCUCAUCAACAUGACCAGCAACAAGCAGAUGCUAAGGAUGAUUUAGCAGAAAAUCCUGAACAUGAAAAACACCAUGGUUUUAUGAAUGCCAUACGUCAGAGUUUACGACGAAAGCCGGCUAAGAAUGUUGUGGACGAAGAGCCCGCAACGAAGGAGUGCGAAAUUUCUAUUAUAGACAGUACAGAAAGAACCAUGAAACUUAAAUCGAAUGCCUCAGAAACCGAAUUUGUAAAAAUAGAAGAUUUGACAAAUGAAAAGAAACAUAAUCUUAGAAACAGCAUAAGGAAAUCUACUCGUGAAGUACGCAAUCACUUUAUGAAAUCAGUUUUUCAUAAAAAACACGAGGAAUAUGAUUUUAGAAAGUGAUGAUUAUUUGUUAAUAACAUUGCUUUUACUAUUUUUAUUGGCUCCUCUCUUUCAACGGAAAUAUAUUGAGUUUCAUAUUAAGUUUUAUGUUUUUAUGCACCCAAAGAUCUAAAUUGCAAUUAUUGCACUUUAUUAUUUUUAUUAAGUUUACAAAUAUGCUAAAUUUAAUAUACAUACAUAUGUAUUUUAAUUAUUAAAAAUUAUAUUUGCACUUUUU